AUGAUAACAGUCAAGAAACAUCUCUUCGAAAAGCUCAGGCCAGUAUUCGUAAUGCUUCACAAACUGGAAGGUGUUCUAGAAUCAAGCUCAAUUCUAAAACAAGAGGGAGAAGGAGUGAAACAAUCCAAGAAGGAAAACUCCAAACCUUCAGUCAAGCCCACUGUCAGGCCUAAGAGCAAAAAUGAACCAAAAGGCAAAGAGAAUUUGAUCAACAAAGAACCAAUAAUUGAUAACAGUGAAGAUGAAGAGCCCGACGAACAUGAGAUGAAAAGAAGAAAAGACCGUGAAGCUCAAAUGGAUGAGCACCAAAGAAUUGUUCGCGAGGCUGAAGAGAAAGAAAAAUCCAAACGUGAAGCUCAGGUCACGCUGGAAAGCCAAAAGCUUUUGUUUCCAAUAUGUUCUUUGAAGCGAAUUCUUAGUGAGGUUGUGGAUAUGCCGAUCCUUUACUGGUUGGAACCAGUUGCAUCUUUUGACCUUCAAAAUACAUAA